GUCAUUGGCCAGGCUUUUGUGCACCGAUUUUUCUCCACUCAGCCACAGAAGAGGUGGCGCAGUCCCUUAGCCUUUUUUGCCUAGGGCUGCGAGAAGGCGCACAGAACUAAUCAACAUUUUCCCCCGUCCAACUCGGCCUCAACUCCAUCUUCCGACACCAACUUUCCCAUCAGACCCAGACCCGAGAGCAGACACGAUGCCUCCCAAAUUCGAUCCCAACGAAGUCAAGGUCAUCCACCUCCUGGCCACCGGAGGUGAGGUUGGUGCCUCCUCCGCCUUGGCCCCCAAGAUCGGUCCUCUCGGUCUGUCUCCCAAGAAAGUUGGUGAAGAUAUCGCGAAGGCAACUGGCGACUGGAAGGGCCUCCGCGUGACGGUCAAGCUCACUAUCCAGAACCGUCAAGCCGCCGUCUCCGUUGUCCCCACUGCCUCUUCCCUCAUCAUCCGCGCCCUCAAGGAGCCCCCUCGCGACCGCAAGAAGGAGAAGAACAUCAAGCACAACAAGUCUGUUCCUCUGGAGGAGAUCAUCGAGAUUGCGAGAACCAUGCGCCACAAGUCAUUCUCCAAGUCGUUGGAGGGCGGUGUUAAGGAGAUUCUGGGAACGGCAAACAGUGUUGGAUGCCAGGUUGACGGCAAGAGCCCCAAGGCCAUCACCGAUGCUAUCGAUGCUGGUGAGAUUGACAUCCCUGAGGAAUAAAGGAGGUCAAUAGCUGGACGGACACUCUCGCAUGACUUCUGGAGUUUAGGAAUGGUUCUGCAUUAAGGGGACUACCCAAAAGGGACAACCUUGGGCAAAGAAAAAAAGAAUUGCCGAAUGACCAAAUGACAAAGUUUCCAAAUAUCGUAGUGAUCUUGCUGGCCGCGACACACUUCGUUGUGAUGUUGAGGUUCUCGAGUUGGCGUGCGGAUUCCUACUCGGACUCCCGGGUAUGCCAUGGCAAGGACGUGAUUGUGGCAUUGGUUAUGGCUCGGGAAGAGUCACGGCGGCGGGAAAGAGAAUGCGACCACUGCAAGUACCGGUUAUAGGUCUGGUCUCAUAGGUACUCCCCGAAUUCGGUAAAUUGUGUUCGCGCAUUUGUGUACCUGUACUACGUAUCUCAAGCUAGUCUGAAUUGAUUCCGGCAAUAUCUAAAUUAUGCGUAAUUAAGGUAGAUUCGCAAAUCGAGGG